CGGCUGGCUUGACUACGGAGAAACGAGAGGCGGCUGGCUUCAUAGAUAUAUAUAUCUAUGGCUGGCUUCACCGCAGUGUGUAGGGGGCGGUUUGGAAACGGCUCAGUGUUUCUGCCGGAACUUCACAGUGUGACACCCGGCGGAUGUGAACAAAGAAGCAUGAGCAGAGUUAGCUUCACUGCUGUGUGGACUGAGCUAUAAAACGGCUGUAUUAUCGUAUGAAUGAGAAAUAUCAGAGCGAUAAAGUAACGAUGCGUUCAGUUGAGUAUCUGAGAGAGUUGAUCAGCGACAGACUAGCUGCUGCUGCUGGAGAAAUAUUCACAGAGUUUGAAAAAACCAUCGUCCAGUACCAGGAGGAGAUCGAUCGUCAGCGCAGACUGCUGGAUGUCAUCUCGAAACCACACAUCCCCUUACAGCCCAUAGAGCUCCCACAGUCGUAUGUCUGUGAGAAUGAGAAGACUGUCGUUGACCAUCAGCCCCAUGACCAGGAGAGAAACUCCAUGGUGGACCAUGAGGACCCAGAGCCUCUAUGGAUUAAAGAUCAGCAGGAGGAACUCUGCAUCAGUUGGGACCAAUCAAACCCCGAGAUUUCUCAAAUUAAAAUGGAACAGGAAGAAUUGUGCACCAAUCUGGACCAAUCAAACCCAGAGAUUUCUCAAGUUAAAAUGGAACAGGAAGAAUUGUGCACCAGUCUGGACCAAUCAAACCCAGGGUUACCACAAAUUAAAGUGGAACGGGAUGAACUCUGCUCCAGUCAGGAGGAAGAGUUAAUUGGAUUGAAACAGGAGACUGAUACCUUUGAGGUGACUCCUGCUGAUGAGGAAAGUGACCACAGUGAACCAAAACCAAACAGUGAUCAGCUCCUGUUUCACAUCUCUUGUGUAGCUGAGAGCCCAGAUCAGGAAGGAAGCAAGGAUGUAGACUCAGGAUCAACUGGAUGUAUCGAGCAGAAACCAAGACAUCAGAGUAACAGCAGUGACAGUAAUGAUGUAGACAAUGCUCCAAUGUCAGCAAGACAGUGUGAUAAUGACAAGGCAAGAAAAUCUCUACCAUGUGAUGUCUGUGGAAAAGCUUUCAGGAAUAAAUCGGUUUUAACCAAACAUCACAGAACCCACACAGGUGAGAAGCCGUAUUCUUGUGAAACCUGUGGAAAAAGCUUCAGUCGACGGGGCUCUUUGACUGACCACAUGAGAGUUCACACAGGUGAGAAGCCAUAUUCUUGUGGAACCUGUGGAAAAAGCUUCAGUCAUCGGACCCAUUUGACUGACCACAUGAGAUGUCACACAGGUGAGAAGCCAUAUUCUUGUGGAACCUGUGGAAAAAGCUUCAGUCAUCGGACCCAUUUGACUGACCACAUGAGAUGUCACACAGGUGAGAAACCAUAUUCUUGUGGAACCUGUGGAAAAAGCUUCAGUCAUCGGGGCUCUUUGACUGUCCACAUGAGACUUCACACGGGUGAGAAGCCAUAUUCUUGUGAAACAUGUGGAAAAAGCUUUAUUCAACGGAUCAAUUUGACUUACCACAUGAGAUGUCACACAGGUUAGAAGCCAUAUGUUUGUAACACUUGUGGAAAAAGAUUUUCUUAUUCAUCAACACAUAGAAGGCACAUGGCAGUUCACAAGGAGGAAAAGCCAUAUUCUUGUGGCACAUGUGGAAAAAGCUUCAACCGUAGUCACCGAUUAAAAGCCCACAUGAUAAUCCACACAGCUGAGAAGUCGUGAUCCUGAAACAUCUGUGGAAAACAUAAUGUCAGAACUAAGCUUGAAACAACAUGGAAGAAUUGGUAGAGGUUAAAAGUAGAUGUUUUAGAUUUAAAGUACCUUUAGUCUGUGCUUCAACAACAAUUGUGAGGAAGUAUGUAAGCAAUCCUUGAUGAUCAGACCAGAUGGAGUCUGGACUGUGGUGGUGGUGGAGCAGGCAGAAGAACCAAACUGAAUGUCUGGAUGGAUAUGGUAUUGGUACAGACUGCUUCAUUUCUGCUAUCAUGACAUCCUUCAUCAGCAGAGCAGUGAUUGGAGAUAUUGUGAAGCUGUUUGGAACAUUUUCACAUCCUGCUGAGAGAACAUGGCUGUUCAGGUGUGAACGUACUGCUGGAAUCCACUCAGCUUGAGCUCUGCUGUCUUUCCAGUAAAAGGAGUCAACGAGAUACAGAGACAUUGUGACAGUAGGACACAACAGAGUGUGUCACUGCAGCAGAGGAUAUCUGGACAUGAAAUAAAGUUGUAAUAAAACAUCUACAGCUCCAUGACUGCUUCAUGAAAUGUUUUGAAUGUUUUCAAACAGAUGAACAUUUACAAGUUGUUUCAUAAUGAAUGUAACAUUGAAGAACCUCAGCAAGACAUAACCAACAUUAUUAUGUUUUUAACCAACACACAAGUGGUUUUACGAGUAGUAGCUGAUACACUCCUGCAAAUGUCAAAACCAGAAAUGUUAAAAACAGGUGAAGCUGUGCUGCAGUUUCUGCUGGUUAGAUAAAGGCCUUAUGCUAUUUCUUUCUUCUAUUGUCACCACAUAGGUCAUCUGUGUGAUUUGUUAGUAAGAUCUCAUUGUGUGGUCUUACAGCACAUUGAACCCUUGUGUUGUCUUAACGUCCUGAACACUCCUCCUGUCCUCAGGGUCAAAAAUGACCUGCCUCCACUGAGCGUCUAAAAUAGAGCAGCUUAAUGGAAUUUUUAACUAAAAAUGUGUUUUACAUGAAGAAACAACCUGUCAUGUAUCACACACUUUGUGAAUGCCUCUGUUUUUGCUUCCUCGGAGGGUAGAAAGACUAUUUAAUCAGUGAACACCAUUCGUUUUUAUACCAUUGUUCAUGCUGUAACUGUUUUCUUUCUUUAAGUAGAGGUUUAUUAUCACUAUUAUUGCUGCUAAAGGUACUGCAUAGGUGUAAACAUUUCUUGUUUUGUAAGAGAUAAUACUUCUAUAGCCUAAUAAAGUACCAGAAAUGUGCAGAAAUUAACUUGAAAUGCAUUUUUGAAGGCAAACAGUGUACUGUAUACUGUGCAAUGAAAUGUAAAACUACAAAAUACUAGAAUUCUCUCAUCUUUUGACUCAUUGCUCCCACUGACAAGCUGCAUAACCUACAUCAAUCAUAAGAAUAGAAAAAAAUAACAGAUUCAAGCAAAAUAUAUUAAAUAAAAUUUUUUAAAAAUUACGAAAAAUACGGGGAAUAUUGGACGGGCAUCGCGAGGUGCAUUUCCUUGAAAGUGACCGAUUCGGGGAUUUUAUACCGACUUCAGGACAUGUUUUGGACAAAAUAGUUUACUGGCUUGUGUCGUCUGGAUGUACAAGGUUGGAUUAUGGCCGUUUUUUGUGGAAUCUUUUUUUAUGUGUGUAAUAAUGAACCCGGAAAUGUGAGUCGCGCUGUGUGCGUUGAAGCCGUGUAUAGAGAACGGAUGGAUGAAUAUUCGUUUUUGUCGGACAAAUGUGUUUUUCUCACCCGCUGUGGUAAUCGCAUCUGAAAGUGGUUUAUACCGGCGGAUUCAUGAGAAUCUAAGCUUUCCAUCGGUGUAUAGUGUUUGUAUAAGCGCGUUUGCAGCCGUCGGACAUUCUUGAAAUUCCUAUGCAAAUUAGUAGGUGUACCGCCGGCGGUACACUGAAGCUUAAGGGGCUAAACUAAAAACUGAAAUCCUUUGUUGUGGAAAAAUUAAUCCACUGCUGUAAUAAAUCUAUGUCUGUGUGUGUAUCUGACAGCAGGCCCUUUGCCUGCUGACUGAAAUGGUUUACAGAUAGCCUGUAGGUUGUUUCCUCUGGGAUAACUGCCAGUAUCAACAAAAUUAUUGUUUGGAGAUAAGGGUGCAGGUGUUCGGGUGAGAAAACUUGGGGGAGGCUGCCUCCCAUGGAGAAAAGUGCCGGCCGCCCACGAGUUUCCAAUUAAAAUUAUUAGGGAGUAAAGAUUCGCUCUUUCCUUAAAUUGUGCAAUACUGGCAGCUGGCAGUGGCAAAAAGAGGGAUGGGUUAAGGGCUUGAACUCACCUCUGCUCAGAGGGUUUAAAGGGUUCAGUUGUCAGACAGUGGGUUCAGAGGGCUUCCGGAACCUCUCUGUGUUUUGACCUGUAUUAAACAGAAUAAACACUUUACUUCUUGGCAUCUGAAGACUUGGCUCCUGGAUUCCUUUGAUGAUUCUAUGGUGAGACUUAGAUAUUUUCAGACCUAGAACUUAGAAUUAAAUUACAAGUGUUAAUACAUAGAGUGAUCAGGUUAAACAUAGAUCUUACGUAGUGGGGCAACUGGCCCCCCACUACACCUUCAGAUAAAGAGUGAAUAAAAAAAGAAGCGCAGAAAGGAUGCCAAUACACCUGGGAACCUAAGGAGCUGUUCGAGGGAGACCGAAGUCUGUGCACAGCCCCCUGGAACUAGGUUUGGGGACAAAAGCCCUCCGUGGUUGAAUUCCACGUCGGCCGGUUAAACCCUGUCCGGGUUCUGCGGGGUUCCAGGUUGACGGCAUCCGAACAAAGCGCUUUAGGAAAGUGAAGUCCUGAGCUAAGAGAAGCCAAAACUUACAGUAGGAAAGUGAAGUCCUGAGCUAGGGAAAGCUGAAAACUUACAAAACGUGUGCAUGUGUAAAACUGUGAGUGUGAAAGGACUGGUCAGUGAUUGAAGCAGCAGACAGCCUGAAACCAAUCGGUGUGAAUGUACGGCUGUUGUCAGCUGAAGUAAAUCACUGAGUGUGAACAGUCAUUAAGAUUUAGGAGGACUUUGUGAAAACUCUAAAACGACCUUUAGUCCUGAUAUUGGACCCCCAGUGGAAAACCGGACUAGCUAAUAGAGCUGGCCUAGAAGCUUGUUUUCCAAGGGCUGAAUUUUAGCUCAUGACUCAUUGUUUUUCACAAAUUCUCAAUAAAAUAAUUUUGAAAAACCCCACAAAUUCUAAAUAAAAAUAAUUUUGAACAAAAACAAAAACAAAAAUGGGAAAUAAUCAGGAAAAAAAUUUCACUAUAAGGCGAUGCAAAAUAAGCAGAACAGAACAGAAGCAUCCAGAUUUGAUACAAUUCUUGUCAGAUUGGGAAAAGAAAUAUGAAUUUAAUAGCAAAUUAAUAGUAGGAGGCUGCACAGAGCUAUUUACUAAAUUAACUGCAGAACAACAAACUGAUAAAAGAAAUCAAAAGAAACUGAAAAACAGCUUCAUUAUGCAGAAAUAUGGCUGAAAGAAGCACAAAAAAAAAGGAAAUACAGCAACAAAUAAAAAGCUGAGGCCUGUGCAGCCAGAGCAGAAGGUGAUAAGAUAGUGUACAAAAACACAAAGACAACAACGAUGGCCUGGUGCAUCGGAGGCCGAAGGCGCCGCGGCAGCUGAAGCACCAGAUAAAUGACCCCCUCCCACCCUCCCACCCCAUAACAAGGGUGACAGAUCACGAACCCAAGGACUGAAUUUACACACCUACACUGUGAAUAUAAACAAAAAGGUACAGAAUGAGAAGAUUUUUUCAGUGUUUCAUGAAGAAAUGCUCUUCUGUGUUGCAGAGAUGAAACAUUGUCUGCGUUCAGUAGGGGGUUCACCUCCGACAUCAGUUGUGAACUUUAUUACCAUUCAUUUAGCACAACAUUGUCUCCAUUCAGUCAAAAUUAGACCAGCUUCUACAUUGAAUACCAGCUGCAAUAACUUGAUAAUGUAACUGUUUUUAUGUGUUGGUAGCUUCAGAUUUAGAACCUAGAUGUGAGUUUGUCUUUUAACACAGUUGCACUAGUAUGGUUUUAGACUAAAAAUGAUGUUAUUGUGUUUAUAGAAAACUUUCUAACAAAAAGCAGAAAAGAAGCAUGAAUUGAAUUCAGAAUAUCUGCACCAUAUGUGCUUCUCUUUUUUCUUACCUGUAAUUUGACAUAUAACUUAAUGAUAACUUGACAUAAUUUUGUCGUAUGCAAGCAUGAUCACAGGAAUUACUUUGUGGUCCGAUUUGCUUUGUAACAUUGACUGUAGAAACCUGCGAUGGAGUCAGUGAAAAAGGAAUCUAAUUUUCAGUUGUUCAUAUGUUUAGAGAUUUGGGAUUUUUCAAUGACGAACUUUUAUGAGGUGUGUGAGGUAAUUGUUCCUGUGAGACCAAGACUGUAUUUUUGCUGUUAGUUCGUACCACAAUGAGAACUCAGUGCUUACAAUGGUUUACUUUCAGCUGCUUUUGCUUCAAGGUUCUUUUUAUCUCUGGAAUGCAGCUCAGCCUGGUACAUUUCAAUCACUUCAGUCUGUUUGCAGUUUUGAGACCACAGGAACAAUUAUCACACAGUUCAACAGAUCAAGCUAAAAUAGAAUUUCAUGUUAAUAAAGCAUAGAUGUAAUAAAGUAUAAAUGCAUUACUAUAUAAGGAUAUUAAUAUAUGGAUGUGGUUGCAUAUUUCAUAACGGACGGAAAAAAGAAACGACCUCUAUCCCAUGAGAGUGCAGACCUGAAACCCAGAGUAAUAGAGCUAAACACCCAAAUUACUACAACUUUUGCGGUUCAUGAGACAGCCUCUUGGGUGGUGUGUAAACACCACACCCUCCACACAUUUGGAUGAAAUAGAAACCUGAUCAUUAAUUUGUUUGUCUAUAGAGGAUUACCCAGAAUUUAAAAAAAAAACCUGCCCAGUGCUCUCUGGUCCAACAGCCCUACAGAUGUAGGACUGAUAAAACAUUUUCCACCUGUUGAAGUAAAAGCAGCCACUCCAUGUCGACCACAGAUUCCUCAAUAUCCUCUGAAACAAUCAGCGAUAAAAGGUAUAUGACCUGUUGUUACAGAUAUGGUAGGAUCAGGGAUUAUUGUGAAAACGAAAGAGUGCGUUUGUAAAACACCCGUUUUCCCUGUUUAAAAAAGCAUAUACAGGAUAAUGGAGGAUGGUUCAAGAUUUAGGAGCAGUGAAUGAUACUGUACAGAAAACUACACCUGAUGUUCCAAACCCACAUACAUUUUUAAAUGAAGUGACCCCAGAUAAAAAGUGGUUUUCAGUUAUAGAUUUAAGUAAUACUUUCUUCUCUACACUACUGCACCCUACCUCACAAGACUGGUUCGGUUUGCCUUCAAAGGUACACAGUACACCUAUAUACCAUUAUCACAAGGCUUUACAGAAAGCCCCAUGUAUACACUCAGGAUCUCAGGUGAUCAAUGGCAAAAUUUCAAAUUCCAGAACACAGCCAAAUUUUGUUGUAUGUUGAUGACAUUCUUGUGACUGCAGACACACAGGAACACUGUAAACAGACAACGAUGGCAGUGCUACGACACUUACAUGGAACAGGUCAUAAGGUUUCGCUAAACUAAGUUCAGUUAUGGGCUCCACGAGCAGUGUAUCUAGGCCAUAUGCUUUCAAAAACAUGGGAAAGCUCUGCUUUCUGACAGAAAAAAUGCAGUCCAAAAUGCUCCACAGCCGCAAAAAAAAACAACAAUAAAUUAUGUCCUUUUCCGACCUUUGUAAUUUCUGCAGAUCUUGGGUUCCAGAUUAUGCAGUGUUAUCUCAGCCACUGCAAGAUUUAAUAUAUGGCAAGGACAUGUCAUUAACAGAUGAAAUUACUUGAACUGGACAUGCUGAGAAGGCUUUUAAAAAUCUAAAAUUAGCCCUGAAAACUGAUGUUUUGGCUCUACCUGGCUAUAACAAACCGUCUGACCUGUUUGAGUGACAUCAGCAGAUGAAGAAACUAAACCAUGACCUGAUAUUUUUGUUCUACCACAACCUGGUUUUAUUGAUAUUUUUUGUGGACAGUUCCGCUUCGAACGACGUUCGAGACAAUCAUUGUGAGGGCUGUGCAAUAACAGCAACUACAGUCUUAAAAGCAAACUAAACCUGCCGACGUGUAUUGAAAGUAUUUUCUUAGUUUUAUUUAGAGACCCCUUUUGAAGCACCAAAACACUGUUCUAUAUGGGUUGGGCACAGAUAAAUUCCAUUUCUCGUAGUAGUAUUUAUCUCCAACCACAAGAAUCAUAGUGCAGUGACACAUACAAUUGGCGCAUAACUGCGCAACAUUACAUACACAACAUUACACAACACAACAUUACAUAAACAAAGAGACGGUUAGCGAAACGUCUAGAACUAGUGGCAGGACUUUCCUUUUCUUGCUUUUGAUACUUUACCUUUUGAUGCACUACAUGGGUCGAAAGUGACCCAGUCCAGUGGAAAAUGGGAAUCCUGACCCCCACUGUGCACCCAAGGGUUGAAGGAGUAACGUACAGAUGUCCUGUCCUGUGAUGCCAACAUAUUUAACUGAUGCUUAAAGUUGAAAUCUGCUGAAUAUUAACACAUUUUAAAGCAGUACAUGCUUGGCUAAUAGAUAACCUGCCUCACAUUUAUCUACAAGUAAUUGAAAACUGUAGAGACAAAAACCUUUAAGAGAUGAUUGUCGAAGGCUACAUUAGAUCUGUUAUUAGGAGGGUUUCACCAUACUGCGUUUUUCUUUUCUUUCUGCAUUAGAGUAUUGCGGAUGGUAUUAUAAUCCAUAGGAGCGUUUUCACACUGUGUGAGUGCAAAGCUCAUCAAACCGAUGACUCCACUAUAACACUGAGUGACCUUGCCGACUCUGGUGCAAAACAAGCCUCAUUCAGCACAGAAUGUUUUGAAAACAGUAGAAUUAGAAAUCUUAGCAGACGCAUAUCUGAGCAAACUUCUUGGCUCCAGCGCGGAGCAGUUCUCAUAGACAACCUCUAUCGCAUUGAAAACAUUGAAACAUUGAAAACAAACCCAUCCUCUAGUGAGUCAUGGUCUCACCCAUGUCUCAACAGGAGGGAUGGUACACAUGAUGCAGAGACAGUUCUGAUCUGUAAAUUUUUCUGACUUUGCCAAGGAAUACUGUACACAAUCCAUAUGAACUUUAUUGAACUAACAGCAUCAAAAGGACUAAUAUAUUGUUUAGUGAUUAUAGAUGUGUUUUCAAAAUGGGUUGAAAUAUACCCAACCGAAGAUAACAGCCAUAACUGUAGCAAAAGCUCUCUGCAACCAUUACUUUCCAACUUAUGGUAUUCCCGCCAUAAUUAGAUCAGAUAAUGGUACACAUUUGUAAAUGCAAUCAUGACACAUUGCUCACACUAAGGAACCACUGUGCAUAUCAUCCACAAAGUGCUGGCCUUGUACGAACGGAACGAACGGCACAAUAAAAACCGGACUAGCCAAAACUAUGGAAGAAACUAAAAGGCCUUGGCCAGAUUGUUUAUCCUUGGUUAAACUGUGGAUGAGAAUUACGCCUACGGGAGACAAAGCAAUAACACCUUUUGAGAUAGUGCAUGGGAGACCUUUCCCACUUCCAUAAAACAACAAUCCACUGAAUCGUAGUGAGCAGAUUGGAAAGCACAUACACUGAAAAUGAGAGAAGUUCAGAGUUCAAAUAAUCUGCCAGAGUGUUCUUCUCCUUUGUCUACACAGAAGCUUCAGCCUGGAGACUGGGUCCUGAUCAGAGUCCUGAGGGGGAAGAACUGGAGGUCGCCUCGGUGGUAAGGGCCGUAUGAAAUACUGCUGACGACACCCACGGCAGUAAAAAUUGCUGAACGGCCUUCAUGGAUCCACCAAUCGCACUGUCAGCUGAUACAACUGGAAGCAGAGCCAGAUCAACCGACGGGGUAGCGGUGGAAGUCCGAUACAAAGGGGUCAGUAGCACAAUAGGGUGCUGACGUCUCAACCCGGUGAAGAACCCAACUGAUCCGCACCCAACUUUAAAAUGACUCUCUGGCGACUCCUGCUAGUCGCAGGGGUGACUUUGUUACUUCUGUGGCUUUCCUUCUUCUUCCUCCCCCCUACAGGAACUCACAAGACUAAAAGAACCCAUGAACACUCCAUGGCAGCGACUUGGGAACAGAACCUCUGGUAUAAAGCUAUGAAUUUUACAGCACGACAGAAUAAAGUUACUAACGCACUAAUUGACAUAACUGAUCAGCUGAUCCUGAACUUGAGGCUAUCGAGCAAAUGACACUCCAGAACAGAAUAGCUUUAGACCUUCUUUUCGCAGCACAAGGAGGAGUUUGUGAAGUUGUUAAUGACCAUUGUUGUACAUACAUCCCUGAUCACAAAGACUAUUACACUUUAAUCAGACAGAAAUUGGAUGAGAUUAAAAUAGACAUUUUAAGCAACCAAGACAAAGGUCUUCUUUCAGGCUGGGAUUUUACCUCUUGGUUGACAUCUGGUGGUAUUUUUCAGACUAUUAAGAAAUUUGUAAUUAUAAGUGUAUGUAUUUUUUUACUAUUUUGCAUUUUUGCUACCUGCAUUUUACCAUGUUUGAGAUCCAUGAUUUCUAAAAUGAUAACCACUUCUGUUGUUGCGUAUGCUGCACUUGAAAUGGAAGAACCACAAUAUGACUCUAAUGAUGAGAAUGAUGAUGUUGAAGUGUAGUUUAAUGACGUGACAGCAGAAGAUGUUUUACAAGAUGUUGUUAACUGAUCUUCACACUUUUUGAUCAUGACAAACAGGAGGGAAUGUUAGAGUUGAAUUUGUAAAUACAUUUAUCAUAAUCGAGCCUUAGAGCAUUAACUGUGUGUGCAUAGUGUUUUACAUGACUAUUUUUAUAGAAUACCACUCACUCACUUCUAUCUGCACAUAUCUCUCCCUCUCUCUCUCUCCCUAGUCUCCACAUCCCAGUAUAUUUCCACUCUUUCAGCUUAGCACACCCCCUUGUGUAACUCGAGCUAUUUCUUAUCUUAUGCUAUGUUUUCAUUUCUGCUUGUGCAUAAAAUAAACUUCGUAUGGGAGCAGUCUUUGUAGCUCGCA